UUCCUGCGGGGCGCUUUCGGCUGCUGGUCCUCCGCGGCGGGUGCGCGCGUCUCUGCGUGUGCGCGCGCGCGCGCGCGUGUGCGUGCAAGGCGGGGCCGCGCAGCAGGCAGCCCCACGCCGGCUGGUGCCAUCUGGGAGCCGGGGCGUGGAGCGGAGGAAGGCGCAGGAGGGGGACGAGCAUCCUCAAGGCCGAGGCUCCGCUUGUCUUUGCGGGCUCCGCGCCGGCGAGCGGGAGGCUCUUCGGCACCGGUACCGGCGAAGUACCUGCGGAUCGGCUUCCCUCCUCCUCGCUGCUUUUUUCUUUUUGUUUGUUUGGUGAUUUUUUUUUUUUUUUUUAAUUUUUUCACCCUCCCUCAAAUCCGGGGAGACGCUUCUGAAGAGGGGUGAGAGCUGAUCUUACGUAAAUGGUGCUGCUCCGCGGAGGGCAGCCCCCCUGCCAGCCCCGGGCCGGGGGAGCGCCCCCGGGCGCCCCUCGCCCUGCCUAGUGGCCGGGCCCCCCGCUGCCGCUGCAGCCCGGCUUGAGAUCCGCACCGGCACCGGCGGGGGCGGGCGGCGAGCGGCAGCCCGCAGCCAACAGCCCCGUCCCCGGCGGGUUUCGGCGCCCCCGCGGACCGGCUGCGGGGAUGAUGCGGCGCGCCGGACCCCGCGGCGGGGCGGGCGCUAUGUCAGAGAGAUAACGCGCCGCCGGCAGCAGCCCCGGGGCAGUCUCGGUGCCAGCCCCCUCCCUCCCCGCCCUAACCCGGGACCUGGCUGCCUGGGAGCCCCUCGCUUCUCGGCGGCCGGACUGGCAGCGGCGGCGGGGCCCGGGAGCGGCGAGGCGAGGCCCGGCGGGGCGGGGGAGCGGCGGCCGGCCGUGGCGGGGCAGCCCGCCUCCGGGGGGCAAGCGGCCGGGAGGCUGAGAGGCGCAGGCAGCAGAGGCGGGGAGGAGGAGGAGGAGGGCAGCGCCAUGACUCAUUUGCAGGCAGGUCUCUCCCCGGAGACUCUGGAGAAAGCCCGGCUGGAGCUGAACGAGAACCCCGACACCUUGCACCAGGACAUCCAGGAGGUGCGGGACAUGGUGAUCACCCGGCCGGACAUCGGCUUCCUCCGCACCGACGAUGCCUUCAUCCUGCGGUUCCUGCGGGCCAGGAAGUUUCAGCACUUCGAGGCGUUUCGCCUCCUGGCCCAGUACUUUGAAUAUCGCCAACAGAACCUGGACAUGUUCAAGAGCUUCAAGGCCACAGACCCAGGCAUCAAGCAGGCGCUGAAGGAUGGCUUCCCCGGCGGGCUGGCCAACCUGGACCACUACGGCAGGAAGAUCCUCGUCCUUUUCGCUGCCAACUGGGACCAGAGCAGGUACACACUGGUGGAUAUUUUGCGCGCCAUACUUCUUUCUUUAGAAGCCAUGAUAGAAGACCCUGAGCUUCAAGUGAAUGGAUUUGUUUUGAUUAUAGACUGGAGCAACUUCACCUUCAAGCAGGCCUCCAAGCUCACACCAAGCAUGCUUAGAUUAGCCAUAGAAGGCCUUCAGGACAGCUUUCCAGCUCGAUUUGGAGGAAUACAUUUCGUCAAUCAGCCGUGGUAUAUCCAUGCCCUCUACACAGUUAUACGGCCCUUUUUAAAGGAGAAGACACGAAAAAGGAUAUUCCUGCAUGGUAAUAACCUCAACAGCCUGCAUCAGCUAAUACACCCUGAGAUCCUGCCUUCUGAGUUUGGAGGAAUGUUGCCCCCUUACGACAUGGGGACGUGGGCAAGAACACUGCUAGACCAUGAAUACGAUGAUGACAGCGAAUGCAAUGCAGACUCCUACAACGCUCCUACAAAGGAUAUAGAAAAGGACCUCUCUCCCAAAUCCAUGAAAAGGUCUCAGUCGGUUGUGGAUCCUGGGGUGCUGAAACGCAUGGAUAAGAAUGAGGAAGAAAACAUGCAGCCUUUGCUUUCACUUGACUAACAGUUCCUGAGCAUCGGACAUGAACUGAGGUGGAAAGCACUGCCUCUCAGCAACAAGCAAACCACUGGGAAAGAGCCUACCAGAUGGAAUCCUAUUUACUCUGUUAAUGUAGCAUAAUGGCAGCAGGCAGAAGGCUUUACUAUUCUGCCUGAAUUCUGGAUGCCCUGGGGUGAAAAAGAAGAGGAGAAAAAAGGAAAAUAAAAUUAAAUACAAAAUAAAGAGGAAUCAAUAAUUUAUUCUGUAAGUGCCAACUUGUUUGUAAAUACAAUAUAAUCCUCCAGUCUGACUUUGUAAGUUAUGGUAAACAAAUGCUGUGGAAGUAAGUGACUAUUAAAUAUGUCAGCAAAGUGCACCAUAAAAAAAGAGAAGAAAAUGUGUGUGUGCUCACACACGCACACACAUACACACAGAGAAACGUAUACUGGACAAGGAAAAAUAUCAAAGCCAAUUAAAUGUUGGCCUUCUCAUAGGAAGCCAUAUUGCAGCUAGUGUAUUGACUGCUGUUUUGUUUUCUCUCUGCAAUGCUCAUGUAGUGUGCAAAGAUAAACAGGGAAUAUAAGAACCUGGAGAUGCUGUAAUCAGUCGAAUAUUCCCUAGCUGUAGGAACUGAUUUCCCAAGUAACAUUGUGGCUUAGGAUUGUGAUUUAGGAUAAACCAUGUAGCAUUGUGAAAAACAUAACAGACGCGCUGGAACCAACUCUUUGACAGCUUUGUUGGUUGGCUGUAUGGAUCUGUGAUGUUUCUUCCUUAAAUUUUUGUUUACAGUUUUCAAGUAACCUGGCUCACCUGGGUGUUGUGAUGUGGGACACAUUGGAGUUACUUCUCUUGCAUUUUGGGUGCACGUCAAGAAUUUUUCCAGAACUCUGUUCUCCCUUGGAAUGAGAAAAUAGUCCUCUCAAUACAGUGUAAUGACUGGUAUUUGCAAGUAAAGCCUGGCAGCAGAGGUUAAAAGUUAAUCACUGAAUCCCGUGCGCUGGGAGACUGGAUACAUAUAUAUAUUUUUAACAAUCUCUGACAAGCAUACAAGGUGACAUUGUUAGACAAGUAUAUUUGAAGGUUUAUACAAGAAAUAAAUCAUACCUAUUCAAUGUACUUAGAUAUAUUAUAGAUUGUAUAAUGAGACAAUGUCAUUAUUAAUAUAGAAAAGCUUUCCAUAGAACAACAGCACCUCAUUCCAAGCAAGGAUUAAUAUGAUUAAGUUGUAGUCUAACAUCUCAGCCUACGCGUUUAGGACACUUUUGUUUUGGCUGUAGUGUAACUGUAUAUAAUGAACAUGUGCCAUAUUAGAGAAAUACAUUUUACCUCAAAAGGGCAAAAGGUUUUGCUAGGGACUGGGUAAUCAGCUGAAAACCAGGGGCUGUGUCAUCUUUGUUGUAUGCUGGCUGAUGUGUGUGCAGUCUAUUUUAUGCUGAAGCAAGAAUGUAAUUUCUUAUUAGGACUUAACUCUGCAAGCAGAGUGAGAAGACACGGGGUGCCCACCAAGACAUCUCAAUAGUUAGAAGUAUUGUAAGAACAUGUCCGGGCAAUGCAGGGAUUGGUUAAGAAUACACCAACCUUGGUGGAGGAGGUAGCUCACAGCAAAGCUGCCUCCCAAGUGCAAGAGGUUAAAGAAUUUCUUCCAUCACUUCAGUGAUCACUGAAGUUUCAAAGUCACCGGUUGUAGGUCACCUCUUCUUGUCCAGCAUGACUGCAGCUGUGAGAUUUAGUAGGCUGGGAUGUGUUAAGAGAGAGCAGAGAGUGAAAUAUUGGAAGCAUGUCAUCUCAGAGUUUAGGUGUAACUCCUGUGGUGGUAGCUUUGGCACUUCUCAGAGCUGAGACAAGGCUGUCUCUUCCAGCAUCACCCUUGAUUAGCCCAGGCAGCACACAGAUAAAGCUUUCCUACUUCACAGUUCAUUAGCAGAAGUGAUAAAUAGUGUAUGCCCCAACAUGCGAUUGCAUUGUCUGAACAAGUCAUCACCUUUCCGCUCUCCUAAUUCUAUUGUCAUGAUAAGUGUUAUGAAAUGCAAAGAGAAAAGAUACAGAGCCUAAACGUCUUUUCAGCCUGUCCUACGAGUUUUCAGUAUGAGAAACUGUUGUAAUACUACUUCUAUGGUUUGAGACAUGAAAGAUUGAUGAAUUCUUAUAUACUAUUUUACUCAGUCCUGUUUUUCACGUACCUUGUAACAUCAUGCUGGAUAGGUGAGAUGUGUCUCUACGGCUUGCAUAAGUGCCAUAUUUGAAUGUAUGUUACAUAUGCCUACACUUAUGGUACAUGGACUAGUAUAUUUCCAUCAAUCUGUUUUUUAAAUCCUUAUCAGAUAAAACUCUAACAUCAGUAGAAAUUUUCUCCUUGUAAGGGCUUCAGGAUUUAGUCAGUAUUCCAUAUAUAUGCAAACUGUGACACAGUGGUGAUCAAAAUCUUCAUGGAUGCUUUUGGAUACAUGGGCCAAACCUUGGUGUAAGCCAGCACAAUGCUGAUUUUAGGGUACACCAGCUGUCUGGUCAGAAAAUGCAAAUACCUCUCACAUCCCCACAGAGCAUCUUUGUAGGAAAGUGUAUCUGCUCAACUGUAUGAAGCUUGAAAUUUGUUUUGAAGCUUAUAAAUCUAUUUUGUUUGCAAAUCCUUUGUUUAUGCACUUAGCUGUAAUUUAUGUCAUGUUUUCUGAUGCCUGAUUUCAGCUUCAGUUUAAUGAGUAUUAAUAUAUUCUUUCCAGAAAGUGAAAUAGGGUAUAUUAUAAUUUUGUGUAACUGGGACCUCAUCCUUCACCAAGAACAAAACUGCUUUCUCAGUAGGAUCCUCACUGUUAAAGAGUUGGGCUACAGGUGUUCUUUGCUGUAGCUUUUGUUUCACUGAAGCAAAUUCUGGCAGUGGUAACUGCAGUUGUGACAUUGGAUAAGAAUAUGAAAAUGGGUAGGAAAAAUAAUUCUCAUUUACAUGCUGUCAGUAUUCUUUGAAGGCAUUUAUCUUUUACACAUCAGGGUACAUAAAGGGUUUCCACCUUUCCCUUGCUUCUUGUAGAAAAUCUUUAUAGGUAGGUCAAUUUUUAAUAGAUUAAAUUUGGACUGAAAACUUUUUCCAAUCUUUAUUAUCAUAGGAAUCGAUGUCUAAUUUUUAUAGCAGAAUUGAAGUGCUAAAAAUAGAAUUUAAAUGCUUGGGAGGAAUCCCUCUUAAUUUCUUACCUUUGUUGUAUAUCGGGUAGAAUAAACCUUAUUGUAAUUAUGCAUGCUGAUAUGCAUAUAAAAAAUAUCCUGCAAUAUGAGGAACUUAGUGGAAAAAUGGGAUACACCUGUCCAAGCAUCUAAGUGAAGAAAAAAAAAGGAGUAAAAAAAAGUGUAAAAAUUGAUAGUUCCAGGCCUUUGGCAGGAUCUAAAAGUGUCCCCUUACAUGGUGUCUCUUCCAUGAAACAAAUGUUUAGAAAUAUAUGGAAAAGUUAUGGAAACUUCCAUGCCCAACGCCUUCCUCCUGUAAUCAGAGAUGUCAAUAUUCUCUUAGCUUUAUAAAGACAGGUAAUCAGUCCCACUAAGCUCCAACAAAUACACAGGCUCCCAAUAGUUAUUGGUUGUAAAAUAGCUUUAAGAUGUCUUUACAGAAACACAAGUUUACUGUACAGCAUAUUUUAAAAUAUGUUUUGCACUCUACAAACAUGCUAUGCCUAGUCACAAAAGACCUUUGUAGACAUACAUAAGCUAAACAUGGAAUGACAGAAAGUAGGAGUAGAAGGGACCUCAGGAGGUCACUGAGAUGUGGAAGGGCAGAUUGCUUUGAUGUCUCUCUUAAAGAAUUGUUUUAGCUCAGCACCUUGCACGGAACGCUCUUUGUGUUAUUUAAUCACAGCACAUUACCUGACGAAAUUGUAGCCUGACGGUAUUUUGUUCAUGCCUUUUAUUAUUUACCUGUUCUGUUUGGGAAAUUAAGAAGUUUGCCAAGCAUCAUAAAAAAUACUAUUUAGAAUUACCUGAGUAACACUUUGCAAUAAGCUUUGGUCAUGUCCCUGUUACUAUAUUGUUUCUGUUAUUAUCAGUGUAUGUAUUUAUUAAGAUUUUGGAAAAGUCACAUUUAAAAGAGCAUGGAAGAGAGAAAAAUGUAAAAUCAGGCUUCAGAAUUUUGUUCAGAAUAUUAAAAUAAGAUUUAGGGGGCGCUGAGUUUGGUUUUGAUAAUCUUUAUUUGCCUAUGGGGAAUGUCCUGCUGAGCUAUUGACAGCAUUUAGUACCAGAAAAAUUUUGGAAGAUACAUGUCAAUGUGAAAGGCAAGAACAAAGAUCUCAAAGGAUUGUACUAAAAAAUCACUUAAUCACGUGGCUACUUGUACCAUGUCUUUCUAAAGAAAGGCAUUUUGCAAGUAGCUUAUGAACAUAUAUUUGUGGUGCUGAGAAUAGUACUUUUGUCCACGAAGUUCAAAGCACACUACGAAAUCAAGAAAAUACUAGUUUUCCCAUUUCUCAGGUAGCAAAACAGAAACACAGCCUGAGACAUUAAAAUCUCAAUGGAAAACAUUAACAUUGUAUUUAUAUAUGGCAAAAAUGACACUUCAAUUACUCAGCCUAGUUCGAAUUGCAGGAGAGAAAGUAAUGUUGUCCCUAUUUUGUGUGAGAAGAAUGUCUGCUUGUUGAUUCAGUCAUGCCUACUUUCUUUAGAAACCUACCUAAAUGUUUUACCGUGAGAUCUUUACAAACCAGGGGAGAUCUGCUUUCCUGUGGAGUUAAAUCUGAAUGUACAUUUUACCAUUUCUGCUGAGGAAAUGGUGAAAAGGGACUAUGUCCCCCAAAUGAAACGCCAUUCUUCCCUGCGUAAUUGAUGGAGAACAGGUAGUUUACUCUGAAGACCCCCAAAAGGAAACCUUUGCUGCCCCGUAAAGCGUUCUGAACCUGUUCAGGGAGGAUCUCCUUCUGAGGGCCUUGAAAGAUACUUAUUUCCCAUUAACUAUACAAGGAACACCAGCAUUUUAUUUAGAGGCAUGUUUAAGUGACCACAAAUGAAAGUGCAGGCCAGGUAGAUAGGACCCCACAAACUUUAUUGCUUUGUAACCUUGUAAAUCCUGUGUCAAGGGUCUGUAUUUAGCACGUUGACUUGGACAUACCCUUCAGUCUGCGUUUCAGCUCUCAGUUGUGUGGAAAGUUUUUCCUAUCAGCUUUUGGGAUCUUACUUUGUUCCCUUCAUGUGGGUCUGUUGCCACAAAAUGACAUUGACCCCUGUUGGACUGCACAAUUUGCAAAGUGAUUUUGUUGUUAAAAAAUAACAACUUGUGGUAUGCUGGGCGGUGAUGAAGUUGAAACAUAGGUCACAAGCUCCCGCUACUUUGUCACUCAUUCUCCAGAGUUUUGUAUGUGUAAUCUGCUUUGAUUGAUAACAGACAUGUCAGACUCGCAUCAUGUAAGUUUAAAAAGAGAGAAAAGAGAAAUUUCUGCAGUAAGUUCAAAAUCUGAGUUGAUGGUUGGAUUCCAAAUGGAGAGGAAGCACUGCACACAGGCAUAAUAGAGAGACCUCCCAGGGAAGAUGCUGAUGCUUCCUUAUGGCACACAUUUUUGUUAAAAUAUGGCCAAAGUAUUUUGUCUAUGGUGACGGUGGUCAGCCAGCUGCUGUUUCUGAAUCAGUCACUUAGAACAAGUCCUCUCUAAUAAAGGUGUGACAAAGCUUCCUUUUGCUGUUACUGGAGAAUUGACUUCCAGAGAAUUGGCAUAUCUGUCAAUUUGCAGCAGACAAAUGGCAGGGGUUAAUUAGGAUUUGUAUUUGAUAUGGAAAUGCUGCUGUGAUUCCUUAAAGAGGCUGUCGUAUCAUUGGCAACACACAGCAGUGCCUAGAGGCAGGCAUCUCAAAUCAGGUCCCUUGGUUAAUAAAAAUUUAAGGGGAGAAAAAAGCAAGGGAAAAGGUAAUAGAAGAUGAUAAAACACAAUAAUUAAAAAUAGAAGCAAGCCUGCAAUGGAAAGCCAUAUAAAUGGCAAAAAUUAUGUGAGUGAACUUGUAUGAACGCUUCCAAGAAGUGAAUCAGUAGCUUAUCUUGUGCCCCCCAUCUACAUUAUGUGCAGAGUUCCCAUUUUUCAUGUGGUCUACCUUGUAUGGCCAUGGUGGGGUUUCCUAAAUCUUUAGAAAAUGCUUGAGUAGCCAUGUGAAAUUGUAGGUGCAGUAGCUGAGCUUGUGAACAUGGUUAAUGGAUCAGUGCAUGCCACCAGAUCCUCACCAGGAGGUGGGCCCUGGGCUUACUCAGUCCUGGUACCCAAAGGUGUGUGAAAUCCAUGUCCUGCCUGGCUGAGGAAGUCAUGCAGGGAGAGGAGGAAAGGAGCUGCAUGCCUGUAAGGAAAGGUGGGAGGCUUAUGGAGAAAACAACAACAGGGAGUUGGAGUGAACUGAUCAAUCAUUUUAAAGUAAUGGUGAGGGAGGCUUUCACUUGCUCUGUAAUGUGAGAGGACUUACAAACCCCACCGCACAUCUGUCAUCAGAAAGGAGAGAGUACAUCUUUCUCUCUUUCCAACCAAUCAAACUUGGUUUUGAUACAUUUAAACUGGAUGUAUAUGCCAGGCCUGAACUGCCUCGGCUGCUGCAGUUUCCAUGGUGGCUCUUGGGAUGUGUGUACCAUGUAGCACACGGGAGCUGGAAAGCUAAUCGUCACCAACCUGUCCAUAGGAAGAGAAGGGAGGGAUGUAUUCUGCAAGUCCCUGCUGCAGAGAUAAUUUCAUGGGAGAAUUCAGUGCUUGCUCAGAUUAAAGCCUGUCUUGCCCUGACAUCAAUAUCAGCACCUACCCCGUGUAGAAGGCUGUGAGCGUAAGCGGUGUGGGAGUCUCCCCUGCACACCUCAGUGUCUCGUGCUAAUUAUGCAGCCUUUGAGCUGUAGUUGGUGAUCUGUGUCCUGUGUCUUUAAACAGUUCUGCUGGUGAUGUUAAUCGUAGCCAUUAGUCACUCGGAGUGGAGAUGAUUUAAAGGAAACUGACAACUUGAAGCAUUACACUUAAUGUCUAAAAAUAUUAAAUUGGUUAUUGUUACAAGUAAUGCCUAAGAUUAUGAUAAUUUAAAGAGUUUCAGGGCUUGGUUGUAUUGUAGCCUUGAUGGGACUUAAAGUAUAAUCACUUUCCCUUAAAUAUGUUUUUCCCUGAGGUUCAUGUGCAUCUUUCAUGCGUCAGUGACAGAGGAAUUAAGUAGUAGAAAAUGUGAUUCUAAAACUAUGAAUAUAUUCAGAGGGGUGCAUAUAGAAUACCUGAUACUGUUUUAAAAAAAUAAAUUGUUUUGCAGUUAACUAGUGUUCAACUUGACAGUAAUGUCUCUUUUAAAUCAUUCGGUUCUCUAGCUCUUUCACCCUAUGGACUGUUGUGUGAAGCAUGUCCUACAAAACUUUCCCAGCUCUGCAUCCUUUCUUGUCCUUCCCCCUUGCAUUCAACAGCAUCCUGUGUUCUGUAAAUGCUUUAUUCUAUGAAUAACUGGAGAAAACGGUAAAAAAAUCCAACACCCUGAUAAUCUGGAGACUAGACCUUGAGGACCACUACUUGAAAUAUUUCCCUUAUACAAAUCUUUGGUAACAGGGUGAAAUGGAAAAUGAGAGCAACAGCUGACCUCAUCAUAGAGGAGUACAAAAAAGACUCUGGCUAGGAGUCUGCACAGGUGUAAGCAGGCAGUCAUCCGAGACAGCUCUUGUGAUUUAAGAUGUUACCUUCCCCUGACUGUUCAUUAUCACCCUUCAGCUAGGGACUACUGCCCCAACAUUAAAGGAACACCAGAUCAUAGAAGUACUCCUGUCCCAGUGAAGGUUGUGCACAAUUCAUGCUAACUGUUGAUUCUGCACUCAUGCAAAAGUAAAAGCACUCACAUAAUCUAUUAAUACAACUUUGUUAUGAGAAUAAUGAUUAACAGCUAGUUGUGGUGAUAUCUAAAAUUGCUAGAUUGGCUAUCUGUGCCUUAAGGCUCUCACAAUCUGUAGUACUUGCAUAGCAGUAACCACUGAACACAAUUUUUUUGCAUGCAACAAUCUACGUUGGAGCCUUACGGAAAAUACUAAAGCACCAUAUCAAAAAUUCAAAAAUUAAAUUACAGGAGUAUUUUGCAAACAGUGCUUGUAUCCUCAGGAUAAAAUUUAUUUGUUUGUUUCUCAGUUUAGUACUGUUAGGACUCAGGGGGUCUGAGAUUUGUAAAGCCAGGACAAGUCUAUCAACCAUGUUCUCUCUAUGUAUAGUUUCAAUAACUAUUCUCUUUUCACAGCUUGUUGUCUGUUUGAAUUCUAUUCCUGGACCUAGAUGGUUACUUUUGGUCUGUUGUGUUCCAACCUAAAAUCUGAAGGUGAAGCAACUUUGUGAAACUUGUCACUCUUUAUAUUGUAUAUUUAAAUAUCAUCAGUUCUUUGUGAUCAAUGGGCUGCUUUGGAGAGCACUACUACUUUAAAUCAUUGUUGGUUACUGAGGAAGAAUGACAUUCUGUUAAAUAAAAUAUGACCAAAUGAAAAUUAAAA